CCUCCUCCCUAUCCCCUCCCCUUCACCCCAGUUUUCCGUCCCAAACCCAUCCCCCCCCAUCGUCAAUAUUCCGGAGAUCAAGAGGUACGCGGCGGCGGCGGCGGCGGCGGCGGCGGGGCCCUCAGCGGGAGGCGCCGCUGGGGAGCGGGGCGAGGCGGCUCCCGCCGCCGCCGCCACCGCCGCCAUGGAGGCUCUGGGACCCGGACCUCCAGUCAGCCUUUUCCAGCCACCCCGUCGUCCUGGCCUUGGAACUGUUGGGAAGCCAAUCCGUCUUCUAGCCAAUCAUUUUCAGGUUCAGAUUCCUAAAAUAGAUGUCUAUCAUUAUGAUGUGGAUAUCAAACCUGAAAAACGGCCACGUAGAGUUAAUAGGGAGGUGGUAGAUACAAUGGUGAGACACUUCAAAAUGCAGAUAUUUGGUGAUCGACAACCUGGUUAUGAUGGCAAAAGAAACAUGUAUACAGCACACCCAUUGCCUAUUGGACGGGAUAGGGUCGAUAUGGAAGUGACUCUUCCAGGUGAGGGCAAAGAUCAGACCUUUAAAGUGUCAAUUCAGUGGGUGUCUGUAGUAAGUCUUCAGCUACUUUUGGAAGCAUUGGCUGGACAUUUGAAUGAAGUACCUGAAGAUUCUGUACAGGCACUUGAUGUGAUCACAAGGCAUCUGCCUUCUAUGAGGUAUACUCCUGUGGGCCGUUCAUUCUUCUCCCCUCCUGAAGGUUACUACCACCCUCUGGGUGGAGGCAGGGAGGUUUGGUUUGGCUUUCACCAAUCUGUGAGACCUGCCAUGUGGAAUAUGAUGCUGAAUAUUGAUGUAUCUGCUACUGCUUUCUACCGUGCCCAGCCUAUCAUUGAGUUCAUGUGUGAGGUUUUAGACAUUCAGAAUAUUAAUGAACAAACAAAACCUCUUACAGACUCCCAGCGUGUCAAGUUUACCAAAGAAAUCAGAGGUCUUAAAGUUGAGGUUACCCAUUGUGGACAGAUGAAAAGAAAAUACCGAGUUUGUAAUGUAACUAGACGACCAGCCAGCCAUCAAACUUUUCCUCUACAGCUGGAAAAUGGUCAGGCCAUGGAAUGUACAGUAGCCCAAUAUUUUAAACAGAAGUAUAGCCUGCAGCUUAAAUAUCCCCAUCUUCCCUGUCUCCAAGUGGGACAAGAACAAAAGCAUACUUAUCUUCCUCUUGAGGUCUGUAAUAUUGUGGCAGGACAGCGGUGUAUCAAGAAAUUAACUGACAAUCAGACAUCCACCAUGAUCAAAGCUACUGCCAGAUCUGCUCCGGACAGACAAGAGGAAAUCAGCAGAUUAGUGAAAAGUAACAGCAUGGUGGGUGGACCUGAUCCAUACCUAAAGGAAUUUGGUAUUGUUGUUCACAAUGAAAUGACAGAGUUGACAGGUAGAGUGUUGCCAGCACCAAUGCUACAAUAUGGAGGCCGGAAUAAAACAGUAGCUACACCUAACCAAGGUGUAUGGGAUAUGCGAGGAAAACAAUUUUAUGCUGGCAUUGAAAUUAAGGUGUGGGCUGUUGCUUGUUUUGCUCCUCAGAAACAAUGCAGGGAAGAUCUGUUAAAGAGUUUCACAGAUCAGUUGCGUAAGAUUUCUAAGGAUGCCGGGAUGCCUAUUCAGGGUCAGCCAUGUUUUUGCAAGUAUGCACAAGGAGCAGAUAGUGUGGAGCCCAUGUUUAAACACCUGAAGAUGACUUAUGUAGGCCUGCAGCUGAUAGUGGUGAUCUUACCUGGGAAGACACCAGUAUAUGCUGAGGUUAAACGUGUUGGUGAUACCCUCUUAGGAAUGGCUACUCAGUGCGUUCAGGUGAAAAAUGUAGUAAAGACUUCUCCCCAAACUCUGUCUAAUCUCUGCCUGAAGAUAAAUGCAAAGCUUGGUGGAAUUAACAAUGUCCUUGUACCCCAUCAAAGGCCCUCAGUGUUCCAGCAGCCUGUCAUUUUUCUGGGAGCAGAUGUUACUCAUCCUCCUGCUGGAGAUGGGAAGAAGCCUUCUAUUGCUGCAGUGGUUGGAAGUAUGGAUGGACACCCCAGCCGAUACUGCGCUACAGUGCGAGUACAGACUUCUCGCCAGGAGACCUCCCAGGAGCUCCUCUAUAGCCAGGAGGUGAUCCAAGACUUGACUAAUAUGGUUCGAGAACUUUUGAUCCAGUUCUACAAAUCUACACGCUUCAAGCCCACUCGAAUCAUCUAUUACCGUGGAGGGGUCUCCGAGGGACAGAUGAAGCAGGUUGCUUGGCCAGAAUUAAUAGCAAUUCGGAAAGCAUGUAUUAGCUUGGAAGAAGAUUACCGCCCAGGCAUAACAUACAUUGUUGUGCAGAAAAGGCAUCACACUCGACUCUUCUGUGCAGACAAAACAGAAAGGGUGGGGAAAAGUGGUAAUGUACCAGCAGGUACUACUGUGGACAGCACUAUUACACAUCCAUCUGAAUUUGACUUCUACCUCUGUAGUCAUGCAGGAAUUCAGGGAACCAGCCGUCCAUCCCAUUAUCAGGUUUUAUGGGAUGACAACUGCUUUACUGCAGAUGAGCUCCAGCUUCUAACUUACCAGCUCUGUCACACCUAUGUAAGGUGUACCCGCUCAGUCUCCAUUCCAGCCCCAGCCUACUAUGCCCGAUUGGUAGCAUUUAGGGCAAGGUAUCACCUGGUGGAUAAGGAUCAUGACAGCUUUUCCUUUAAAAAUAAAAAUACCUCACUUGGAUAAUAAAAAUCAGGACAUGUCGGUGAGAGGCUGGCUGCCGCUUCAGCAAGAUGGCUGCUUUUGUUCACAUUUGUUCAGGGAGAGCACAAGAAUAAACCCAUCAGCAACUCUGUCCUCCAGCCUCAGAGGAAGAGACACAAGGCACCUAGAAGAAAAAAUGGACCCUUUGGAUCAGGAGGACCAGAGGGAUCCACCUGCUGGGUGUCUGGCCAGGUGAGGUCAUUUGAGGGUGGCUAUCAGGCAAGAAGGCCCUGCUUUUUGUCUUUGACAACAUGUGCUCGUUGUGGGGCACUGAUGGAGUAUAGUGAUGUGACCUCAGACUGGAUUGAUUCUAGGAAGGACCUUAGCUUGCUCAGGUGCACCUGCACAAAAUGGUUUCAUUAACCAUUGGGGGGAAUUGUGGGGAAGGGUGAUGGGGCCUAACUUUAUAGGAAUGAUUCCUAUUUUAACAGUGCAAUGCUGUCAUUUUUGGAGGAAAGUAAAUGCAAGUCUAUUAAUAAUAACUACAGUUAUUGGGGGAAAAACAUUGCCACGGGGUAUAUAUCUUUAAGAAGUAAUCAUGCAACAUCAGAAUUGCAGCAAUACUAGUAUAAGCAGGUCUAAAAGUAGAGUUAAUUUGCAGUUUGACAGUUUUUAACUAUCUAACCCCUUGGAAUGAACUGAAUCAUUAUGCAUGUGUCAAUCAAUGGGAGGUGUGCAUUCUGUAGCAGUAGUUUAUAGGAUGUUGGGGGUCUUUCUGUUUUUAAAUAAAGCCUAUUAGGCACUAUUAUAUGGUGUGUGAAAGACUGAAAUGUAGCAAAGUUAAUUCGGGGAUGAGGCACAAGAACUUUUACAAAGAACAUCAGCAAUCCUGCCAUGAAGUCAUUUAGGAUUUCUUUUUGGUUUAGAGUUGAACUCUGAACAAUCUGUAAAAUGGCUGGCUAGCUUGUUCUAGCCAGGUGUCUGGGCAGGCAAAACAUAUUUAUUCUUACUGUAAGUACUACAUGAUAAUUUUGUGCCUGUAGCUGUUCCCAAAGGUUGUGAUUUACAGGCAAACGUGUUUUGCACAAUUUGUAUCCUCUAAUCAUGUUCUAGGCACAAACAUCAGGCUGGUCUACCUAACUCAACAGCCUCCUUCUUCCCUUUCUUUGGGAAAGGUGUCUUUGAUCAGAUGCUGUUUGACAAAUUAACCCUCCUUCUGCCCCGUCCCCAACAACCUUUGUGAAUGUUCUCUAGGAUUUUCUUGCUCAAUAGCAAGGCAGUAACUCUACUUUCAUUUUUAGAAAGUAGAGAUCAAGGGCAUUGUAUCAAUACUGUUUCAACUACAAGGUUUUUUCCUUGUGAAAUUUAAGGAAAGAUCUUGUUAUCACUUAAAAAUUUUCUUAUCCCUUGCUAUUGACAUUUUCAUGAUCUUUCUAUGUCUAAUGGCUGAAAUUUCAUUGUAAAAUGUUUGUAUUUGUUCUUUUGACUAAUGAUGUAAUUUUGUUUCUAUAUUGUUAGACUUGUAAUGUUUCAAAUGGUAUUUUAUUAAAUUUGGAUUCGGAUGUAUGUCUAGCAAUACGAGGUACUUUCUAAAUUAUUAAGGGAGGGAGAAAGGGAUGUCAUAGCCUGGUGUUUUGAUAAAAUGUUGAUUGUUUCAGUUUUGCAAUGUAAUUUUUUUUUGGCCUGCAGGGAUAUUUUGUGUUUUGUGUCCAAAAAUAAUAAUAAAUAGGCAUUCUUGUGCCAAAUGAUUUUUUUCUUGUUAAUAACCAAUAAAAUGGAGUGUGGAUGGAUGGAUGGAUGAAUGGAUGACAGGCAACAAGUAUGGUUGCUUUUUGUAAAAAAUUAUUUCCUUAAAUCAAUGAUUUAUUUAGAAAGGAGAGGGAAGAAAGCCUGAGAACUACUUUUCACAUAUCAGGUAACUGAAUGAAUGUUCAAAAAUGCCUAUUUAAAAAUCCAGGAAUGCGCUCUAGUAAUAAUUUUUGUGUAGAGACUUUUAUAACAUUUGCCAGACUCCUUGAUGCAAAUGUAAAUCCUCAAGGGAUGGCUACUUUUUGCAGUGCCUGAAAGAGUUGCUGCCGCCAGAGAGCAGUGUGUCCAAAUGCUUGUAAGCCUGGUGAUACACUUGGGAGGAACUAGUGCUAUCACACUGGAAGGAGCUGGCCUAGCCUUUGAAUUAUUUAUCAGCAUUAAAGUGAUGUUUAGGCAAAAGAGUAUAUUCACACAGUCUUAAAGAGACCUUAGGAAAGUCAUCUAGUCCAAUUUAAACCUAAAUAAGAAAUUCCCUUUACAACCUACCAGGAAUGAUCAAGAUACCUUGUUUAAAAAAAAAAAAAAAAAAAAA